GUGGUGCGUGUGGGCGGGGUUUGACAUCAGCACUUGCAUAGACUACACCGGGUACACUCAGCUGUCAUCUGAUUUGAUGUUAAAGAUGGCAGGAAACAAGUCUUAUACUAUAGUUGAAUAUUUCGGCGGGGAUAGCGGAUACCGGUGUGGUUACUGUAAAAAUGAUGAAGGGAACUUUUCUCAUGGGAUGUGGUCUCACACCAUGACUGUACAAGACUACCAAGACCUCAUAGACCGAGGAUGGAGAAGAAGUGGGAAAUAUGUCUAUAAGCCCAACAUGAACAAGACAUGCUGUCCACAGUAUACCAUCAGAUGUCAUGCACCAAAAUUCCAGCCUUCCAAAUCCCACAAGAAAGUCCUGAAGAAGAUGAGCAAAUUCAUUUCCAAAGGGGAAUUGCCAAAAGAACAGGAUAGUGGGGAGCCAAUGGACGCGGUGUGUGACGAAGCAGGUCCACGGGAACCGAGUAAAGCCUGUCACUCAGAAGUGAAGUGUGCUGCUAUCACAGACAUUCAGAAGGAACUACCAGAGUGUCCCGCUAUCACAGAAGUACAGAAGGAGGUAGCGGAUGCCACACCUACGGGCUCAGAAACAUCAAAAAAGGAUCCAGCGUCUGUCGCCGAUGAGAGAACAACAGCCACAGCUCCUAAACCAGGGAUGGGAGCUGAUCCUGGCCGGCCGCUAUGUCGGAAAGCCAAAGACUUGAGAAAGGAGCGACGUCUUCAGAAAGAGCAGAUUAGACAAAACGCUGAAGGGGUCUCUUCCAUUGUCUCUCCUACCCCACCCUCUCCGGCCCAGACCAGCCAAUCUAAACCCCUAGAAGAUUUCAUCAAUGAGUCAUUGCCUGACAACUCUUCUCAUUGCCUUGAGGUGAGGCUAGUGCGCUCCAAUCCCCCUAGCCCGCAGUUCAAAGCCUCUUUCGACGCCUCCUACCAGGUGUACAAACUCUACCAGAUGGCCAUUCACAAGGACCCUCCUGACAAACCCACCGAGAGCCAGGUGAGGCUAGUGCCAGUCAACUUUGAGGACCCUCAAUUCACAGCGUCCUAUCAGCGGUCGGUGGCGCUGUACGCCCGCUACCAGAUGGCCAUUCAUGGUGAUGACCCCAGCGAAUGUAGUGAGAGCGAGUUCCGGAGAUUUCUCUGUGAUUCACCACUAGAGACGGAACAUUCUCCAGAUGGGCCCGAGGAGGGCUACGGCUCCUUCCACCAGCAAUACUGGCUGGACGAGCGCAUCGUGGCGGUGGGGGUGAUCGAUAUCCUGCCUACCUGUGUGUCUUCUGUCUACCUGUACUACGACCCAGAGUUUUCCUCACUGUCUCUGGGCUCCUACUCUGCUCUCAGGGAGAUCGCUUUCACCGUGCAGCUGCAGAAACAGUCCCCCAAGCUGUCCUACUACUACCUGGGCUUUUACAUUCACUCCUGUCCCAAGAUGCGGUAUAAGGGGCAGUACCGGCCUUCAGACCUCCUGUGCCCAGAAACCUAUGCCUGGGUACCAAUAGAGCAAUGCGUCCUCCAGCUGGAGACCUCCCGCUAUGCUCGUUUCAACCAGGAUCCUGAUGCAGGAGAUCCUCGGGUGCUGAAGGAUGUGAGCAGAGCUCUGGUGCUAUACAGACGGGCCGUCAUGCCCUACGCCGCCUACUCCCGCAAACGCAAAGGCUCCAGCGACGAGACGGAGGUGCAGCAGUAUGCCGGCUUGGUCGGCCAGGACUGUGCUGAAAGGAUCUUGCUCUACCGCGCCUAGAACACACGGCGUCACACCACUGCACCUUUUUAAUAUACGUGCAUACUCACCUCCCAGCAAUGUCUGUCUGUGUCUGUUAAUCUUCGUCUGUGUGUCUCCUCCCUGUCUGUGAAAGUGCUCUCUGCUGCCUCUCCCAGUUGUCUCGCCACGCUUAGCUCUACACAGGCUCGAACAAUGCAGUAGGCACUCACUAUCUAUGUACGUACCCAUUCACCCAUUGGCCUCAUUAAUCAGUUAUGUGUCAUUUACAUUUACUUAAAAAAACAUCAAUAAGUCCUGCAGCAUCCAUUCUCUCUCUAGUUUUUCUGCAUCCUUCUGUUUGAUUUGACUCCGCACAGGGAACACGGCCCCUUGAAUGUUAUUUCGACAUCACUUACAUUUUUCCAUCCUCAACCCCUGUUGACCUCGUGAUGAUGCUGCACACAAGGCGACAGGUUAAGAUGUGUUUUUAGCAUUGCCACGUAAAGAGCACGCUCUCUUCUGAAUGCUCAGUGAUUUGUGAAGGUGGUUAUCAGUUGCUUACAUAACAUCCCCAAACUGCACAACACUAAUGCAUAACAUUAAAGUUUUCUUUUUUUAUUAUCACUGGAUCUCACUGUUUUUAAUGUCUGUAAUAUUUAUAGCUUUAUUUGCUUUUCUUUUAAUAUUGACACUGUCAUUUGUUUUGAACCAAAUAAAGGGGUUGUAUAUUCCA